CGGAUGUUCAUCACUCCCAAUCACCUAACUUUUCGAGCUCGGGAACUCGAGCGGAAACACGGGAUACACUGUAACUUGACUCUCAUGUUUGAGUUUGUCUGGGCUAUUGCGUGUGCUGAGGCAGGCGUGACACGGGCCUCGCCCUCUGUUGUUCGUGUACAUGUAGUGUGAGGGAAUAUAAUAUUUUUUUGUUCUGGACUGGUACAAGAAACAUACCGGAAAGGAUUGGGACGAUCCGAGUGUUCUUUCCGUAAAGGUAUUCGAUGCUCAAUUGCUACCAGCAGCACGAUCUUGGUGAGCUGUGACUCGCAUUUCGUCUGGAUUUACACUGAUCUGGCAAUACGUCGGAAUCGUUUGGCUGCUGCAGCACAGCAGAUCCCAUCGAGAGGUUUCUUAUCUGAAUAACGAAUCAAGAUUCAGGUGGGAUCACUUGCAGGAUCAGAUGGUGUUUGUCAAGUUGCGCGAGCACAUUAAAAAGUUCGCGGAUGAUGGAGACGCGUUGAAGGAUGUUCUUAGGGAAACAUUGU